GCGCCUGAUUCCAAAGUUUCGGUUUCAUUCGGAAGAAGAAAAUGUCGAGCACGGAGCACAUUGAACAGAAAUUGAAAUCUUCACCAGAAUUGGCUGACGUAACUCAUCUGGAGGUGAUGGACAUGUCAGAUGGGUGUGGUGCCAAAUUUCAGACGGUGAUUGUCUCCUCCAAAUUUGAAGGGCUUCCACUUUUACAAAGACACAGAUUAGUGAAUAAAGUUUUAGAGGAAGAUUUAAAAGUCAUCCAUGCUUUCCAAAUGAAGACCUUAACUCCUGAACAAUGGGAGAAGACAAAGACUUCCUGAUUGUGUUAUGAUUGUGUAGUAAUGUAGAUGAAUGUUACAGAUGUCGCUGGGAAGUCAUGAACAGUACCUGGGUGCUUCCUUUUAAGUGUGCACCAGCAGAAGCAAUUGUAUACACAUUUAUUUUUUUCAAAGAGAUAGAUACAUGUCUUAAAAUGGUUUUAAGUACAUGCAGUUUCAUAAUCAGUGAGUUAGUUUCGUAUUCUGCAAGUUUCGUAUUCUAUUCUUAUCCUUACAAAUUUAUUCGUAGCAGUACAAUGUGAAUUUUAAUUAAUGUUAACUUCUUGGAGGUUCUAAUCACAGGGCAAAAGAUGGCCAACUCUAAGCAUUAUGUUAUACAUCAGGUAUGAACUAAGAUUUUAAUUCCAUAUAAAGGGAAAUUAUUAUCUCUGAUACAUAAAGAUAUAAUUAUUUGUAAUUUUGAUAGAAUAUUUUGUUUUUUAAUAUUUUUGUGAUAUAUGGAAUCAUACUGUGCUAUUGUUUUGUAAAUCUUGGCUCUAUAAAUACAACACAUUUACAACCAAA